UCGACGCACCGCGCAUUGCAACCACAAUGCCCGACUCGUGCUGCGCACUGCACUGCGAUAUCCCUCAGCCACCACCAACAACAACCACAACCAUCAACACAACAAUACAACCGAUAACAACCAUCAUCCACACCACCAACAACAACCAUCAACAGAUUGAACAACAACAAUACCACCGCCACCACCACGGCGAACAACAAACCAUCAAAGUAACCACAACCACAGCGAACACCGCUACUAACCACGGACGCACCACCUCCACCUGCUCCACUCAAUGUGUGACCACGCUCACGCCGCCGCUGCAGUCGACCUCCACCCCUCCUCCUCCCCCAACUGGAGCCACACUCCACCGGGCGCUCCGCACAACGCGACCCGGACUCAGGGUUGCGACGGCGGUCGCGGAGGCGUCGGAGGAGGUUCGUGCGUUCAGGUCAUGUACCCGGCCCUCAUGAUGGUGGCCGGCGUGACCGGCAACGCCAUCGCCCUCGCACUGAUCCGGCGCGCAUACCCACGGCGGCAGAGCGCGCGCAAGAGACCCUUCCUCGUGCUCGUGGGAGCUCUCGUGCUCACCGACCUCCUGGGCAAACUCAGCACGGCUCCAGUCGUCAUCGCCGCGUACGCGGGCGGCUCGUGGCACGCCCUGGACGCCUCGGGCCGCCUCUGCGACUACUUCGGCUUCUGCAUGGUGGCAUUCGGGCUGUGCCCGCUGCUCUUCGCGUGCGCCAUGGCGCUGGAGCGCAACGUGGCCGUGCGGAGGCCGUACGCCUACAAGCAGUGGGUCACCACGCGCCUCGCCGCAGCGGUGGCGGCCACGGUGUGGGUGGCUGCCCUCGUCUUCUCUGCGCUGCCGCUCCUGGGCGUGGGCAGCUACGUGCUGCAGUGGCCUGACACGUGGUGCUUCCUGAGCACGGGCGCCCCCGGCUCGCUCGCGGCCGCCGCCGUGCCCCUCGCCUUCUCGCUCACGGGACUCUCCUCCCUGCUUGUCACCACGGCCUGCAAUGCCUCCACGCUCACCUUCGUGGUCAAGUCGUGGAUACAGCAUCGUCGUCACCAGCAGCAGCAGCAGCAGAAUCAGCAGCAUAAGAAGACGCAGUGCGGAGGUCAGAGCUGCCUCGGGGGACCCAGGUCCGAGGCGGUCUUGCAGCUCAUGGGGAUCUCGACCGUGCUGUGGGCCUGUUGGGGGCCACUGCUGGUGGUGAUGACGGCCAAGUUGCUGUCUCCCCCGGGCGGCAAGGACCACUCCCCGCACCGCUGCGCCAAGGAGCUGUUGGCCGUGCGCCUCGCGUCUCUCAGCCAGAUCCUCGACCCUUGGGUCUACAUCCUCCUGCGCAGGGGGGCCCUGCUGCGGGGGACCGGCUCGGGGCUGUCCUGGAGGUUCAAGAUGUGCGGACGCAGCGGCCGCGGGGACCGCGAGGGGACCCCCGAGGCGAGGUGCCCCCCAGCCCAGGAGGUCCCCCUGCGAGACACGCCGACUCCCCCAGAGGCCGGCGGGGGUCCCGGGGUGGCGAGCAAGGGCCACGUGGGGUCUGGGUGCGACGAGGACGAGGACUCGAAGGAGCUGAUGACGCUGCCGGGACGGAUCCUGUGAACGCGAAAGCAAAAGGUCCCGAGCGUAGCCUCGAGCAGACUCUCGGGGAAAGUGCUGUUGGCGAGCAGCGAUGCCGCCGCACGCGUUCGAUUUGCAGCGCGCCGCUAUCAACAUGGGUGACCAAAUUUCCGACGAGUAUUUUAGGUGCUCGCAAACAGCACUUGCUCCAACGGUCUGUAAACGCUUGACGUGGCUCUAUGUGGUUUUUUGUGUGUGUGUGCCUGUCUGUGUUUGUGUGUGUUGGGGGGGGGGG